AUGGCAACGACUGCUGCGGCUUCUGAAAUACCGGCGGAUGCCACUGGCGUUUUCAAGCUGGACCCAUGGCUGGAGCCAUUCAGCGAUGCCCUCACACGUCGCUGUGGCAAAGCACGGGAAUGGAUCAAGAAGAUCGAGGAGUCUGAGGGUGGCAUGGAUAGCUAUACCAAGGGAUUUGACAAAUUUGGAUUCAAUGUUCUCUCCAAUGGCGAUAUUCGCUACAAAGAGUGGGCGCCCAACGCGGUCGAAGCAUAUUUGAUCGGUGAAUUUAAUGAUUGGAAUCAAACCUCGCAUCCUAUGUCAAAGGAUGCCUUUGGCUCAUUCUCCAUUGUUGUGCCCUCGAAAGCUGGUCAGCCUGCUAUUCCACACAACUCCAAAGUCAAGAUUUCUUUGAUUUUGCCAAGCGGUGAACGCGUGGAUAGAAUUCCCGCCUGGAUCAAGUAUGUCACCCAAGACUUGAGCGUGUCGCCUGUGUAUGAUGCUCGGUUUUGGAAUCCGCCCGCUUCAGAGAAGUACCAGUUCAAGCACCCACGUCCGAAGAAGCCUGAGAGUGUACGCGUUUACGAAGCCCAUGUUGGUAUUUCGACGCCCGAGCAACGCGUUGCCACUUACAAAGAGUUCACUCGGGACAUGCUGCCCAGAAUCAAGGACCUCGGCUACAACGUCAUCCAGCUCAUGGCCAUCAUGGAACAUGCUUACUAUGCCAGCUUUGGUUACCAGAUCAACAAUUUCUUCGCAGCCAGCAGUCGUUAUGGCCCGCCUGACGAUCUUAAAGAGCUCAUUGACACAGCGCAUAGUAUGGGCAUCGUCGUCCUGCUUGACGUUGUGCACAGUCAUGCGUCGAAGAAUGUCUUGGAUGGCCUCAACAAUUUCGACGGAACUGACCAUCAAUACUUCCAUGGCGGAGGUAAAGGCAAUCACGACCAAUGGGACAGUCGGCUGUUCAACUAUGCUCACCACGAAGUCAUGCGUUUCUUGCUGAGUAACCUUCGCUUCUGGAUGGACGAAUACCACUUUGAUGGUUUCCGAUUUGACGGAGUCACUAGUAUGCUGUACAUCCACCACGGCAUUGGGGCCGGCUUCUCCGGGGGCUACCAUGAAUAUUUUGGCUCAGAUGUCGACGAAGAGGCUGUCACCUACAUGAUGGUCGCCAACCAAAUGCUUCACUCAUUCUACCCAGAUUGCAUCACUAUCGCUGAAGAUGUAUCUGGGAUGCCGGCUCUCUGUGUCCCCGUGGGGCUUGGCGGUGUUGGGUUUGACUACCGCUUGGCCAUGGCGGUUCCCGAUAUGUGGAUUAAAAUUUUGAAGGAACUGCAAGAUGAGGAGUGGGAUAUUGGCAACAUAUGCUUCACUUUGACAAAUCGACGACAUGGCGAAAAGACAAUUGCAUACUGCGAGAGCCACGACCAAGCCCUCGUCGGUGACAAGACCUUGAUGAUGCAUUUGUGCGACGCGGAGAUGUAUAAGAACAUGUCUGUUCUGUCGCCACUGACUCCAACUAUCGAUCGUGGUAUCGCUCUGCACAAAUUGAUCAGGCUGCUCACUCACAGCUUGGGUGGUGAGGGAUACCUGAAUUUUGAGGGCAACGAAUUUGGACAUCCGGAAUGGCUCGACUUCCCUCGCGAGGGAAAUAACAAUUCCUUUUGGUACGCCCGGCGCCAGCUUAACCUUACUGAAGAUUAUCUCCUGCGUUAUCCAUUCCUGAACAGAUUUGAUGGCUUGAUGAACCAAUGCGAAUCAAAGUAUGGAUGGCUCCAUGCCCCCCAGGCAUACAUCUCCCUGAAGCAUGAAGGAGACAAGGUGAUUGUUUUUGAAAGAGCCGGGCUUGUCUUUGUUUUCAAUUUCCACCCGAACAACAGUUUCAGUGACUAUCGAAUCGGGGUCGACGAAGCCGGAACCUACAAGGUUGUCCUGCAGACUGACAGCAAAGACGUUGGUGGCCAUAGCAGAAUUGAUGAAAGCGUCCGCUUCUUCACUACUCCAAUGGAGUGGAACGGACGGAAGAACUGGACGCAGGUUUACAUCCCGUCCAGAACUGCUCUAAUCCUGGCGCGCGAGGAUGCCGCUGCCCAGUAA